CGUUCCGAAACUAGUCGCAGAACGCCGCUUAAGAAUCGAGUACCGUGAUUGGCUGAGAAGGUCUCGUUGGCUGCCGCCUAAAUUCACAUUUAAACCCGGCGUUGCGACACUGAAUAACAGUUGGAUGCAGCUAUAGCGGUUUACCUCGUGAUGGUCUCGCCAUUCAGAAUUUAGAAAGAAGUGUUUAACGUCGUUCAAUUUCACCGCCGAUGGUGGAAAAUAUAUGCCACAAUCUUUCUUUGAUUGAUGUAAUCGGUUUUAAACGCACGGCUUAUCCUUACAACGAUAUUAUUCGUUACUCUCUUUAGGUUGCAUCGAAUUCACCGUCAAUUGCCGGUCACGCGAUGCACAUAAAACAGGUUAUAAUACAGGGCUUCAGAUCCUACAAGGAGCAAACUAUCGUCGGUCCCUGUGACCCUGGACACAAUGUCAUUGUGGGCAGGAAUGGAUCAGGAAAGAGCAAUUUCCUUCAAGCUAUUCAGUUUGUUCUUAGUGACGAAUAUGCUCACUUGGGUUCCAACGCCCAAUCUCUUCUUCACGAGAGUUUGGGCCCUCGAGUUAUUUCAGCCUAUGUUGAAAUCAUUUUUGACAAUUCUGACAGACGGCUGCCGAUUGAACGGAACGAAGUUAGUUUAAGGAGAGUGAUCGGCUCUAAAAAGGACCAGUAUUUUCUGAGUGGGAAACUGGUGAACCGUAACGAAGUUAUGAACUUGCUGGAAUCCGCGGGAUUCUCUAAAUGCAAUCCAUACUACAUAGUGAAACAGGGAAAGAUAAAUGAAAUGGCAAUGGCGUCGGACUCUCGAAGAUUGAAACUUCUUCAAGACAUUGCUGGAACCCGAGUUUAUGACUCCAAACGAAACGAGUCGAACUCUCUCCUCAAGGAGACGCAGGGAAAAAUCGUAAAGAUUGAGGAUUUACUUAUAACCUUAGCCGAGCAAUUGAAGAAUUUGGACGGAGAAAAAGAGGAGCUUAAAGAGUACAAUCGUUUGGACAAGAUUCGUAGAUGUUUGGAGUAUAUUAUUUACGAUCAGGAGCUAAAAUCGUUGAAGGAGAAACUAGAAGAGUUCGAAGAAACUCGCCACGCCUGUAACGUGGUACAAGCAGAACUUGAAGCUGACGCAAAAACAGCCGAGGAGGCUGCUCGCUCUGCCGCAAAGAAAUUGAAGGAAUUAAAGAGGGAAGCUAGAGCGGAAAAAGAUCAACUCGACAGGCUGAAUGCCGAUCAUCAGCAACUGCUCAAAGAGAAAAUGAAGUUGAGAUUGACGAUACAAGACUUGAAGAUUGAAGUCAGUGGCGACUGCAAGGCCAAAGAAAAAGCCGAGGAAGAGUUGAAUGCGCUUAGAGUAAAAAUCAAGAAGUCUGAACAAGAUAUGGAGAAGAUCAGACCUGAGUAUGAGAUUGUAAAACAACGCGAGCAGGAAUACAGCAGGGAAUUGGCAAUGAAUGAACGAAAGCGCAAGGAGCUUUACGUCAAAGCAGGCAGAGUGACCUUGUUUAAAACAAAGGAAGAAAGAAAUAACUGGAUAAAAUCUGAAUUGGAUCAGCUGAGAGGACACAUCGUUGAGAAAGAAACUUAUCGCGCAGCGAUAGCUGAGGAUUUAAAAGUAGAUAACGAUAAAUACGCUGAUCUUGAGAAAAAAAUCGCAGAGCCCGCGAAAGACGUGAAAGAUCAUAUGAAAAGUAUCGAAGAGCGCAGUAAAAACUACAAAGAACUAAUAUUGCAGAAAAAUCAGUGCCAAGCGAGAAUCAAGGAUCUAUACCGUCGAUUCAGUGUGCUAGAGCAGAGGCAAAAUGAAUUAAAAGAAGAUAUGACAAAGCAAGAUCAACUCUUGAGACGGGUCGUUGGUAAGUCGACGUUGAACGCAAUAGACAGCGUUCGCAAAGUGCUGAACACGUUUCGCGAGCGCGGUGAUUCGGAGGACGAAUUGCAAUCCUACUACGGACUCUUAGUGGAUACUUUUCAAUGCGGAGAAGCUCUUCACACGGCGGUCGAGGUGUCCGCAGGAAAUAGACUGUUCUAUCACGUCGUCGAAUCCAACGUACUCGCUUCCAAAAUUCUUAGCGAAAUGAAUAAACAACGAUUGCCCGGCGUUGCUGAUUUCAUGCCGUUAGAUCGUCUUUUGGUACGACGCGUCGAUUAUCCCAAAAACAGCGACGCGAUUGCACUGAUCUCUCAAUUAAAUUAUGAUCCCAAAUAUGACAGAGCUAUCAGAUUCGUUUUUGGGCGAACUUUAAUUGCCAGAAAUUUAGGGACGGCCGUGGCUUUGGCUCGCUCUGCGGGAUUAGACUGCGUCACUUUAGAAGGCGACCAGGUUUCCCCCAGGGGAAUGAUCACUGGAGGCCACUUUAACGCAAAGCACUCUCGUCUGAAUAUAUACAAAUUGAGAACCAAGCUCAAAACUGCCUCAGAGCUAAAAACUGUCACAGAUGAAAUCGCAAAUGUCGAACAGGAGAUCGAGGCCACCAACGAAAGUUUGAAUUUUUGCAUCGCGGGCGUACAGAAAAUCGAACUGAAAGACAGAAUCUCGAAAGACAUAAUAGACAAUUCAACGGCCAAUAUAAGACUGCUGAGAGAGGAACUCGAGAUUGUCGAAAAAUCUCGUACGUCAAAAAUGCAAAUUUUGGCGCAAUGCGCCAAUGAUCUCGAAGCGUUGAACGCGACUAAGGAGAGUCUAGAAAAUGAAUUCAAUCAGGAACUGGCAAUUGAGCUGUCCGAAGAAGACCAAAAGAAGGCAAGCAAAAAGGGAUCGAUUAUUUUAUAA